GAUAGCUAACUUGAACUACAUCCGAAACUUCUGCUUCAGCCACUCGAGUAAAGAUGAACUCAGCUACUGUCUGAGCACCUUUGAAGCUGCAGUGGAGUUCAUCAACAUGGGGAAGCUGCAGGAAGUCCACAGUGUCUCAGGAGAACUUAAUGACACGACCCUGUUUAAGAAGAGGAUGAGUCUGCUGAAUCAGAACACUGAAACACCCAUUCAUUGCCUUUUUGAGCAUAUAGCAAAUGGAAAUGAGACGGAGGUGGAACAUCUGUUGAGUGAAGGCCAGGCUGAUAAGGAUGUGAAGAUGUGUCACCCUCUCUGCUCCUGCGACAUCUGUGAUGGCCAGCUGUCUGGGCGUCUGAACGAUCUGUCCAUUGUUACCCCGUUCUCCAGAGACGACAGAGGUUACACUCCACUGCAUGCUGCUGCUGUGUGUGGUCAGGCUCAGCUCAUUGACCUGCUGGUGCGUAAAGGAGCUCCAGUAAAUGCUACAGACUACCACGCCCUCACACCCCUGCACCUGGCCUGUCAGCGUGGAUACCAGGGGGUCUCUCUGCUGCUACUGCACUACAAGGCGAAUCCUGACGCUCGGGACAACAACGGCAACACUCCGCUGCACUUCGCCUGCAUGUACGGGCAUGAGGACUGUGUGAAAGCCUUGGUGUACUACGACAUCCAAACGUGCCACCUGGACCUGCAGAACGAUAAAGGCGACACGGCGCUGCACAUGGCCACGCGCUGGGGUUACGAGGGGAUCAUCCAGGUGCUGCUGGAGAAUGGGGCGAGCACCCACAUCCUCAACAGGAACAAAGAGUCUCCUCUGCAUUGUGUUCUCAACUCCAAGAUCCUCCUGCUGUUCCAGUCGCUGGAGAACGGCCAUCAGUCCAGCAGCGUUGAUUCUCCGAGUGGCUCCCCUCUGACCUCAAACUGCAGCAGCCGCCGCUCAUCUGUCUCCAGCACGUCGUCUCUGGGUCCAGAGGUCAGGCCAGAGUCGGAGCGGGUCCGACACAGAGAGGUGGAGAAGCUGCUGAGGGCUGUCGCUGAUGGAGACGUGCAGAUGGUGCGCUACCUCUUGGAAUGGACCGAUGAUGAGGAAGAUGAAGAAGAGAUACAGUCUGAGGCGCCAGUCUGCCAUCCUCUGUGUCAGUGUCCAAACUGUGCUCCUACUCAGAAGCUGUCGGUGCAACAGGCAGGAGUUCUUGGCGUGAACAGCUGUAACGCAGACGGGUUCACGCCCCUGCAUGUCGCCGCUCUGCACGGCCACGCUGCACUGGCCGUGAUGCUGAUACGCCACGGGGCCAACGUCAACGCCCGCACCAACCAAAGCACCACGCCCCUUCACCUGGCCAGCCAGAACAGCCACAUUCAGGUUGUGAGGUUUCUGCUGGAGUGUAACGCAAAGCUAAACAAGAAGGACCAUUAUGGGAACACAUGUUUGAUUUACGCAUGUCUCCAUGGAAACCUGGAGAUUGCCAGCACUCUGUUGCAGAGUCACGCCCUGAUGAAUGUAGCCAACCUGCAGGGUAACACGGCUCUGCAUGAGGCGGUACGAGGAGGACACCAGGCUGUGGUGGAGCUGCUGCUGAGGAACGGAGCUGCGCCUGGACUCAGGAACAAGAGGCAGAGGACUCCACUGGACUCUGCUUAUGAACUCGGUGGAAAGAACACUGAAAUCUUGAGAGCUCUGCAGAAAGCAUCCGGACUGUCCCCCGACGCUGAGCCAAUUAAACUCCUGUCUGUGCCCAAAGGAGCUCUGGCUCAUUCAUUUGUUCAACGUCUGAGGCAGCAAGACUCCUCCAACAGCAGGAGACACAAACAGGCCCAGUCCAUCAGCAGGAUGCAGCACAUGAAGAAAGGUUUGUCUGGCUCCUCCCUCAGGAGUUCCCCAGGCCUCCCCCAGGUGAAUCCAGACCAGAGGAGACUGAAGCGAGGGGAGACUGUGGAAGUCAGCAGCUUCUUAAAAAGCAACGAUUCUCAGUCUCAUCUCAAAGACUGGUCUCUGAGUCGCAGCCACACCUUGGACUCUGGAGUACCUGAUCCUGUUUUGAGACUGAGAAGUGACACCGCUUCAAAAACGGGGGCGGAGUCUCUCAGCAGCCACCUUUCUUCUAAAAAUGCCGUAGGAGCUGUGCAGGCAGCUGGUCUAACCUCCAGGUGUGCAGACGGCACACAGCCUGACCCAGACGAGGGGUCCGACUGCAGCGCGUCCUGUCCACAUUCAUCUGGAACUGAAACCAGACUCACCCCACCGGACCAGCCUGAGGAGGCUGUAGACUGUCCCAGUCAGAGUGUCCUGCCUGGAAACACCCACACUCUGCUUCACACUGAAGAGAACGUCCUCCAUUUAGACAUCUUACAUGAUGACUCUGGUCUACACUGCUCCCAUCCUCCCAGCCCACAGUCAUAAAGACAAGGGGUCUGGACUGAAUCCAGCACGAAAAUAAGACUUUUUGGUUUUCUUGUGUUCAGAUUUGAAACAAGGUAUAGAACUAGCGAUAACCUGAGAUCUUCUUACUUCACUAAAUUCUAAAACCGUCUUCCUGACACGGACUCGGACCUUCCACAGCAUCAAAAGCUGAUUUCUCUUUGAGACACGUGUACCCAGCUGUCAGAUUCAUCAACACAUUUUUGACACACUUUAUUUCCCAGUGUCAGUUUAUGGUUAUUAACAGUUCAAGUUUUCAUCAGCUGAUGCUAGUAUCUCUGCUCUAAUUCAGUGCUGGUAGGAAUCUAAUCUGUAAAAGCUCUUUGCUUUUUUCAAUAAACACCUUUUCCAGCUGUG